AUGGCAACGGUCAAGCGAGGCAAAACUAUGCCUGCGGAUGGCCAAACAACAAAGUUCUUAUACACAAUCCUGAAGCAGCUGGACUUGAAAUCACUAAUACUUGACCACCAGAUCGACUGGAACUUGGUUGCCUCUCAGCUAGAAAUUACCAACGGCCAUGCAGCCAGAAUGCGCUUCUCACGGUUCCGGCAACACAUGGAAGGCAACACAACGAGCGCUCGCUCGCCUCGUGCAAAGAAGUCCAAGGCAGAAACUGCAAAGUCGAAGAAGGCCAUGUUUGACGAACCGGUAAAGGGCAAGGAACGGUCUCCCACCGGAAGUGCUAGCCCAACGGUCAAGAAGGAGCCCGAACCGCCAGUGAAGCCAGAGCCAGCAUUUCAAGUCGGGAUGUCAGAGCCAGCUUCGGUUUCUCCCCCGCCCCCACCACAGUAUUUCUAUCCGCCGGGCAUGGAGGCUGUCCCCAGGUGUUUCGAGAACGCAGCUAUUCCAAAUCCUAGCCCCUUUUUCGACUUCUCAACUGUCUCUCCAGCACAGCUGACGACUCCUUCUCUUGUCCCGGAGCCAGUCAUCGGCUAUUCCGCGCCGCCCUUUGGAGAGAACUGGGUCCAGAUCAAGAGCGAAAGGGCCGAUGGCGAGAUUGAGAUGCAGGAUCUCUUUAUCAAAACUGAACCAAAUUUGUGA